UUCCCAGACAUAACCACCCAGAGAGGUUUGACACCCCCUUUCCUUUCUGGGAGACAGCUAAGAAAGGGAGGAGGGGAGCACGUUUCUGCCCAAAAACCUGGGGAUUGGCCAAGAUGACUACACUGCUCCCUUCCCGGCUCUUAUAGUCUAAGCACCUGACUUUGACUUCUUGGGAACAGCUGAGUGACUUAAGGCCUGAAAAGAGAUGAGCAAUCUUCGAGGCACAGGCAGAAAAAGUCCCUGUGAGACAGGAAGACUGCUGGUUCCUGAUGCAUAAACUAGACAGUAGAGGCAGCACUUGCCUGACACGGAGCUCACUCUGCUGUGGCGUCUGUGAGCAGCUGCCAGCUCCUCACCAGGCUGCCCUCCCUCCCUCUCCUCACUGGCUGAUGGAUCCCAAGAGGAGGCUCUUCUCCUUGAACGUCCUGCUGCUUCUGUCCCUGGCCUUUGAGCUGAGCUGCACAACGGGUGAGGGUUCGAUGAAUUGCCCAAAGGUCCUUGGGCGGCUGGGAAGCAGCGUGCUACUGCCCCUGACAUCCGAGGGGAUAAGAAAGAGCAUGAACAAGAGCAUCCACAUUCUGGUCUCAAUGGCAGAAUCACCCGUCCACAACAUCAAGAAGAAAAUAGUGUCUCUCGAUCUGCCAGAAGGGAGUUCUCCACGCUAUCUGGAGGAUGGCUAUGCGUUUCACCUGGAAAACAUGAGCCUGAGUAUCUUGGAAAGCAAGAAAGAGGAUGAGGGCUGGUACUUUUUGAGCCUGGAGGAAAACGUUUCUGUCCAGCAAUUUUGCCUGCAGCUGAAGCUCUAUGAGCAGGUCUCCACGCCGGAAAUUAAGGUGUUGAACUCCACGCAGGAGAAUGGGAACUGCAGCCUGAUGCUGGCCUGUAUGGUGGAGAAAGGGGACCAUGUGACUUACAGCUGGAGCCAGGAGGGGGGUGUCAUCCCGCCAAGCCCUGCCAACUGCUCCCACCUCCUCUAUCUCACCCUUGGCCCUCAGCAUGCUGACAAUGUCUACAUCUGCACUGCAAACAACCCCAUCAGCAACCGCUCUCAGACCUUCAUCCCGUGGGACAGAUGUAGCCCCAGUUCCUCAGAAUCAAGACAAUGGGGACUGUAUGUUGGGCUGCUCUUAGGGGGCAUCAUCGGUGUCAUCAUGAUUCUCCAAGUGGUAAUACUCCUGUUGAGAAGAAGAGGUAAAGCCAACAAUUACCAGCCAGCAAUGGAAGCAAAAAGCCUUACUAUCUAUGCCCAAGUCCAGAAACCAGGUUCUUUUCAGAAGAAACCUGACCCCCUGCCAGCUCAGGACCCCUGCACCACCAUUUAUGUUGCUGCCACAGAGCCCAUCCCAGAGCCCGUCCAGGAAUCAAGCUCCAUCACAGUCUAUGCCAGCGUGACUCUUCCGGAGAGCUGACACCACAGACCCAGUGAAGGGACUUUCUGAAGGAAUAGGGAGGAGCCAAGAUAAACACCGAUCUUGGCCCCAGGUCACAAGUUUCUUGUGACAGCUACACAUCUGUACUCUUCUCGGAUCAACUCCCUGCUGAUGUGUCUUCCACAUCCAUCUGUGACAUGGAUAAGGAAGGGAGGUUUCUCAAGCACUUAGCCUGCUCUGCAAGGGACACAGGCUCAGAACAGAGAGCUACUUGGUCUAGCUUUCCAUCUCAGUAGUGCAGCAGACGAAAUGGAUAAUAUGGGUCCAGCUAGUACAGAACUUCAGAGGCCUUGCUCUUUGCUGCGAUUGGAUAAUAAAAGCCAAAGGCAGAAAGCCAGGACAGGACAUCUAGCACCUAUCUCAGACAGCUGACUACCUGUCACAAAGUCUGGGACAGCUUACUCUGGCUGCCUGUACCCGGUCGGGCAGCUGCUCCCGAUCACCAUGCAGACUUGAUCGAGGCUCUGUGCCUCAGUUUCUCUCUCUGGACAGGUAAUGAAGGGGGAAUUCCUCAUUGUAUGUAAAACACUCUGACAUUAUUCUAUAAAAGAAGCUAAUAGAGUAUUUUAUUUGUAAAACCAGGAAACUAAAGAGUCAAUAAACUGAAAAAUAUGA